CAAGUAAUUUGUCAAUUGUGUCAUUGUGUGUCAAUUGUUUUCCUUCAUUUUUAAAAUUUAUAUCUGUUUAUAUUUGUAUUUUUAUUUGUAUUUCUCAGAUUUAUAAAAUGGUGAUGUGCUGGGCACCAGAUUGCAAGCAUUAUAGCGUUAGGGAGACAUGCAAAUUUUUCAGAUUCCCGAAGGAUAUAAAGAAAAGGAAGAAGUGGAAAAAACUUACAAGUGAGGAUACCGAAAUUGAAAUCAAAACAAUAAGUGAAAAUCCUGAAGUAUUAACUUGUGUCAGACCGGAGACCAGUGCAGGAGAGUCAGGUGAAGAAAUAUGUCCUACAACAUCAGGAACAACUAGUUCUGCCAUGUUGGAAGAAGAGAAUUAUUUAUUACGGAAAGAAAAUGAUGAACUAAAACUUAAAACUAGUUCUGUCCUGUUGGAAGCAGAGAAUUACUUCUUAAGGAAAGAAAACGACGAUCUAAAAGCUAAGUUAAAAAAUUUAUCAUUAAGAUUUAUGUUUGACCAUAUUAAAGAUAAUGAGAAACUUGUUUUGCUAUACACUGGAUUACCAAAUUCAAAUAUUUUUAUGUCUCUUUUUAAUUUAGUCAAAGACGUCGAUAUAAAUUAUUAUUAUAAUUGGAAAGUAGAGAAAGUUAAAAGAAUUGAUCAGCUAUUAUUGUGUUUAAUGAAACUCAGACAUAAUUUUCCUCAUGCUGAUCUUGCACACAGAUUCGGUAUUUCUCAUAGUGCGGUAAGCAAUAUUGUUAUUACUUGGAUACAUCUAUUGCAUACUAUUCUUUUCAAACAAAUACUUCAAAAUAUUCCGAAUAGAGCCAGUUUGCCAACAUGUUUUAGCACUUUCAGUAACUGUGAUAAAUUAGAUUGUACAGAGACGUCAGCCAUUACAUGUACAUCAUGUAUGAAAAGACAAAAAAUUACAUGUAGCAGUUGCAAACACAUAAUAUGGAAGGCUUUAAUAGGUGUAGCUCCAAAUGGUGUUGUUACAUUCAUUAGUGAUUUAUAUGUAGGCUCUACAUCAGACGAUGACAUUGUAGGGGACUGUAAGAUUCCAGAAAUGUUAGAGUCAGGAGACUUGAUGUUGGCAGACGAAGGAUUUAUGCCAGAACCUUUAGCAAUGGCUAGAAUUCAUGUUAAGAGCGCCAUUCAACGCAUAAAAUGUUAUAAAAUUUUAAUGUUUCUUCCGCAACAGUACAUUCAACACGCAGAUGCUCUAUUGCAGGUCACAGUGGCUCUUUCCUCUCUUCAGUACCUACCUGUUAAUUAACUGGCUCCUUUCCUCUCUUCAGUACCUACACUACUUGUUCUUAAUUUAAGUGGAAAAAUGUUUGAUCCAAAUGAUUUGUUUUAAAUAUCUGUGUUAUAUUUUA